AUGAAGUUGAUCCGGGGCACAACUCUUUUGGGCAUCGGCAUAUUAUUCGUCGGGUGCGGGGCGUUCAGCCUGCCCUCCGUUUACGAUGUCCUGUCUAAGGAUCAGCAGGCCACAUCCUUUGUAUCAGCCAGCAUAGCGGAAGAGAUAAGCCGUGAGUACCUGAAGUACCACCGAACUGGCAUCGAGACGGAGAGGCUUCGCCAGCUGGGAAAGGACAUCCGGAGUAGUCACAGCAAGAAGGCCAUUUUCACGGAAUCCAUGGCCGAUCUCACCUCAACGGACCAGUUCUUCGUCUGCACCCUGUGCAGAUCUACCAUCAACGUGUUUGCUCGAACUUUCACCGAGGGCGAGCUGAGUGGUCCGGAAAGGGAUGAUGAGGCGAAGAAAUUGAUGCUGGGCAUGUGUGACUACUUUGCUAUCAGCACCCAGGAGGUGUGCUCCGGAUUAUUCGAUCUCAACUGGCCGAUUCUGGACUUUAUUCUGAACGAAACUGUGGCAAAGUCGAACACCUUUUGCAGCAUGCUGCCCAUCCCAAUUUGUCAGGUGAAACAGGAUGAGUACAAUCUCACCUUGUCCAUCCAGGGAGACUUGCCCCAGGAAUCGAACUCCAACUUGCCCGCCAAGACCUCCGAGGAUAUUCUUGUCCUGCACCUGACCGACAUCCACUACGAUCCUGAAUACGCCGAGGGCAGCAAUGCAGCUUGCGAUGAGCCCAUGUGCUGCAGAAAUUCCCUGCCCGAAGGAUCUGACUCGUCGGCAGCUGCUGGCUUUUGGUCUGAUUACCGUGAUUGUGACUGCCCCAAACGCCUCAUCCUUAGUGCUUUCGAGCACAUCAAGGAAAACCACAAGAUCGAGUGGAUAUACCAUACUGGAGAUGUGCCGCCCCACAACGUGUGGUCCACCACCAGACAGGGCAACCUGGAUAUGUUGUCCGAAAUCGACGAACUGCUGGCCAAGUAUUUCCCGGACACGCCCAUCUACCCAUGUCUUGGAAACCACGAGCCACAUCCAGCAAAUGUUUUCGGAAACGACGAGAUUCCCAGCUCCCUUAGAGUUGACUGGUUGUAUGAGCACGUGUGGAGUUUGUGGUCCAAGUGGUUGCCCGCCGAGGCGGAGGAGACUGUUCUUCGAGGAGGAUAUUACACUGCAUCCCCGAGCAAAGGACACAGGAUUGUGGCCCUGAACAGCAUGGACUGCUACCUGUACAACUGGUGGUUGUUCUAUAAUGCCACGUUGAUUCAGGAGCAGCUGCAGUGGUUCCACGACACUCUAUUGUCUGCGGAGGAGGCGGGAGAAUCGGUCCACAUCCUGACCCAUAUUCCCGCUGGAGAUGGAGACUGCUGGUGUAACUGGUCUCAAGAAUACAAUAGGGUUCUCACCCGAUUCAAUGGCAUCAUCACUGGAGUCUUCAGUGGUCACACCCACAAGGACGAGAUGAACUUGCAUUACUCCGAGGACGGCUAUGCCACGGUGGUCAACUGGAAUGGCGGUAGUCUGACCUCCUACUCGAACAAGAACCCCAACUACCGGCUGUACGAACUCCACCCGGAGAACUGGCAGGUCCUGGACCACCACACGUACACAUUCAACCUGACGGAGGCCAACCUGACGCCCGACGAGCAGCCCAAGUGGGAGCUGGAGUACCAGUUCACCAAGGAGUACACCGAGGACACCAGUCCCGCGGGAAUCGAUCGCUUGCUGUUGGAAAUGGCUGAGAAGCCCGACUUGCUAAGGAAGUUCUGGAGGAACAAGUUCACCAACUCCGAUCCCAAGCUGGCAGAGGGCUGUGAUAACGCAUGUUUGAGCAAGACGAUUUGCAGGAUAGCCACCAGUAAUUACCAGGAGCGCACUCGCUGCAAGGAACUCCAGGCCAUCCUGGCUGAGAGCUUGGAAAACGAGCCGGAUACGGAUGAUAAUAAUGGCGGAGGUGCUGCUGGACUAUCUGCCCUCAGUUUGGCCUCCCUGCUGGCGCUUUUGGCUGCAUCUAAGCUCCUUGGAUAAGCCUUAUCAAUGCCCCCCGUCUAUUCUUAACCCCUGUUAUCAACGUCGAUAAUCGCAGCCCAUAAAAUGGGUUAUAAAACAGUAUAAAAAAGACCCAAAGUCUUUACAGAUUAUGGAAUACCAAGAGAAAUAAACACACACGUUUCUUGUAGUCAACACUCAG